GGAUGAGGGAGCACCCUCCCAUCUCCACCACUGAUCUGGCUAGCCACUUGGAGCGACUUAAGGCCAACGACGGACUCCGCUUCUCACAGGAGUAUGAGGUAACUACCCCUGCUCUGCCCAGCUGACCACCACUGGUUGUCUACAACUCAGUUCGCUCAUAUACUGUGGUCUCUAUAGUCUCCAGAUCUAUAGUCUCUCUCAACAGACUAGCUUGACACUCUGAUUAUGGCUCACACACUGCCCUGCAACCACUGGCUGUCUUUAUCACUACACUCUUAGAAAAGAAGGUGCUAUUUAGAACCUAAAAGGGUUCUUCGGCUGUCCCCAUAGGAUAACCCUUUGAAGAACCCUUUUUGGUUCCAGGUAGAACCCUUUCGGUAACGAUGACACAGUCGAUGACGUGGCACGCAACCAUUGGUUGAUGCAUACAAUGUCUCGGCAGGGGAACGCAACCAUUGGGCGGAUUCGAUUAUGCUGAGCCACGGGGCACCGGCCUAUGGCCUGUGACGUGAAUGGGCAAAAGCGGUGACCGAGGAGUGCCCUUCUCAAAUCAAACAGUAAUCUGCGCCGCUCGGUUAUGUUGUCAACAAGGCAGCAUGGUGCAUCAUUCAGUAACAUACAACAUAUAUGUAAAACAUAUGGGCGGCAGGUAGCUUAGUGGUUAAGAGCGUUGUGCCAGUAACCGAAAGGUCGCUGGUUCUAAUCCCAGAGCCGACUAGGUGAAAAAUCUGUCGAUGUGCCCUUGAGCAAGGCACUUAACCCUAAUUGCUCCAGUAAGUCGCUCUGGAUAAGAGCGUCUGCUAAAAUGUUAAAUAUACUUUUCCAUAAAAUAUAUGUUAGAAUUUUCAAACUAUUUUUCAUUGGGAUAAAGCAAUUUUUGCAUGUGAAAACACAGAAUCUUACUCAUUAAGAGUCAUUGCUUCUCCAUAUAUGUAUUCUUAAAUUCCAUUCCUUACUUAGAUUGUGUGUAUUGGGUAUAUGUUGUGAAAUUGUUAGAUAUUAAUGCACUGUCGGAGCUAGAAGCACAAGCAUUUCGCUACACCCGCAAUAACAUCUGCUAAACACGUGUAUGUGACAAAUAAAAAUUGAUUUGAUUACUCCACGUUCUUAAUUACGUCACUUUCGUUUUGAGCCGACUUCGCAGUGGGCUUUGAACGGGGCACCUGGCUCACGCCCCCUAGGCAGCCUGAUUCCAAAACAAAUGCAAUCAACAUUCACCCAGUGCAAAACACACCUACCCGGGCACACGGGCCAGAUUAAUCGCAUCCCCUUAUUGUCUGCUUAUUGCCCCUGCCCCGUGGAGGGUUUGCCCCAGAGCGAACUGGCAACAUUUUGCCAGUGAAAUAUAUUUUGCCAGUGAGAUGUUUCGCUCUGGGGCAUCCCCUCCACGGGGCGGGGGCAAUAAGCAGACCUGAGUGGGCCUGCCCCGAUCCUAAAAUAAUUAGGGGGUGUCUCGCUUUCUGUCUCUGCCUCAAAUUUCUUCCCUGUUGUCAGCUAGUGAUAGCAAAGAUGAUCUAUUAUAUUGACAAGAGGUUCAAGUAACUGCUCUAACAAUGAAAAUACUCCUCAAAGAUGGAAGGCAAGCGGAAGGAGACGAGAUCAGGUGGGAUCAUUCUAGCCAAUGAGAGGGCAGAUACGUGUGUGAACAACAGGCAUAACUAAGUUGUUUUUCUCAAAGUUGCAGAAUGCUAGGUUGUACAUUUGUAACAACCUAAACAUUACUCUGUGAUCAAAUAAGAAUUUGACACUCUCUCAUAGACCUCCAUGCAAAAAGGUCUGCUUAUCUCGUGGAGACGAUUUUGGGCGGAGGUAAUCCUCUCGCUUUGCUUCUUCCUCUCUGGUGAUAGCUAGGGAUAGUGAUGCACAAGCUAGGCCUAUUUGAAACAUUGUCGUCUACACACACUUUGUUCUGCCAUUUAGAACAGAGUGUGAGUCUGUGAUUGGCCUCUAACACACACAUUUGUAUAAGUAUAAUCCUAAUACAGUCAUCACUACUCAAAGUGUAGUAGUCCUCAGAGUACUGUGAGUGUCUUUAAUAAGUUAUGAAUACUGUUUAAAUUAAGUUUGGUUGGGAUAGAAGGCCAGACUAUGUCAACUGUUUAAAGGGUUUACAAAACAAUUAGGUAAAAUUAUGCAAAUAGCUAGUAAAAAGUCUGAGCUAAAAUUCUCACACAUAGACCUUUAUUCUUAAUUGCCUACGAUUAGUGAUUCAUGAUCACUGCCUGCUAAUGUGUGGUGAGUGCUGCCUUGCGCCAGUCCAAGACUCUCACUAAGGAAUCCUUCUUUCUCCCUGCCUGCGCUGUAUUCAGACAGGUGAAAACAAUGACAGUUGUUAGUUGAUUGUGCCUUACACUGUUUGGCACAUUCUGUCCAACUCCAACGUUUCCUCAUUAGUGGGGACUGAGGCCUUCUGCUGACACAGAGGAAGGAAGCAACACCAUAUGCUCAGGGAGCGUCAAUUCAGCCAGAGAUGACAAAUUUAUGAUUGGGACUUUGCAAACAAUUUAUGAGAGGGCUUGGCUGGUAAUGUACGCUGGGGAGUGACAACAGAAAUAAAUCAGGCUUUUCACCAGACACAAUUACAUCCUAAUGUGCCUCGCUAGAUUAGGAUAUCAUCGGAUAAAGAAUGGGAGAUGCUUUUUAAAUACUGCUGUGCCGCUGCUGCAUCGCUCAGUUAUAGCAAAUCAUAGGUCUGUUUAACAUUUCUAGUGCGUUCGAUCCACUGUAUUGCCUGUGUGGCUGUUUUUCCCUCAGUGGAUCUGUAGACAGGUGCCAUAAAUAACAACAAGCGCACACAGCCAUGCGCACACACAUACGCACACACACACUGUAAGACUUUUCUGUAAUUUCAACAGUAAAACACUUUAGAAUGGACAGUAAAAUAUUGUACAUUUGUUUUACAGCACACUGUAAGACUUUUCUGUUAUUUCAAUAGUAAAACACUGUAGAACGCACAAUAAAAUACCUUAAAUGUGUUUUACAGAAUUAUGGUGCAUUGUGGGAAAAUGUUGUGGGCGGGGAAGAGUCUCUGGCUUAUUAACAUAUUUUAAGGCGUGCAUUGUAAGAGGCUAUAUUUGUUGACCCGUGAGUGAGAAUGCUGUAUCCACAGAGAAUACAGUAAUAUACUGUAUUUUAGAAAGCUUGAACUUCUCUCCCCCUACACCUGCACCCUUUGUUCUGCCAUUUAGAACAGAGUAUGAGUCUGUGAUUGGCCUCUAACACACACAUUUGUAUAAGUAUAAUUCUAAUGCAGUCAUCACACUCAAAGUGUAGUAGUCCUCAGAGUACUGUGAGUGUCUUUAAUAGGUUAUGAAUACUGUUUAAAUGACAUUUCAAUGGUGAGGGUUGGGAUAGAAGCCCAGACUAUGUCAACUGUUGUCUUUUAAAGGGUGAACAAAGCAAUUAGGUAGUAAAAGUCUGAGCUAAAGUUCUCACUCUGGUUUGUAGGGGCAACACACACGCACACAUAUACACACACACACCUUUAUUUUUAAUUGCCUACGAUGAGUGAUUCAUGAUCACUGCCAGCUACUGAGUGGUGAGUGCUGCCUUGUGCCAGUCCAAGACUCUCACUAAGGAAUCCUUCAUUCUCCCUGCCUGCGCUGUAUUCAGACAGGUGAAAACAAUGACAGUUGUUAGUUGAUUGUGCCUUACUCUGUUUGGCACAUUCUGUCCAACUCCAACGUUUCCUCAGUAGUGGGGACUGAUGCCUUUUGCUGACCUAGAGGAAGGAAGCAACACCAUAUGCUCAGGGAGCGUUGAUUCAGCCAGAGAUGACAAAUUUAGGAUUGGGAAUUUGCAAACAAUUUAUGAGAGAGCUUGGCUGGUAAUGUACACUGGGGAGUGACCACAGGUAUUAACCAGGCUUUUCACCCGACACAAUCACCUCCUAAUGUGCCUCGCUAGAUUAGGAUCUCAUCCCAAAAAAAUAAUGUGAGAUGCUUUUUAAAUACUGCUGUGCCGCUGCUGCAUCGCUCAGUUAUAGCAAAUGAUAGGUCUGUUUAACAUUUCUAGUGCAUUUGAUCUACUGCAUAGCCCAUGUGGCUGUUUUUCCCUCGGUGGAUCUGUAGACAGGUGCCAUAAAUAACAACACACACACACACACAUAGUCUUGUACAGCUAACCUUGUGGGGACACACAUUUCAGUCCCAUUAAAAAUCCUAUUUUCCCUAACCCUAAACCUAAAUCUAACCCUAACCCUAGCUCCUAACCCUAACCUUAAAACUAACCCUAGCUCCUAACCCUUAACAUAAUUCAAACCCUAACACUAAUUGUAACCUUAACGUAAUUCAAACCCUAACACUAAUUCUAACUAAUUCUACUUCUCAGUAUUUGAGGAAUUCGACAAACCUUGUCCUGAAAAUCUAUAGUAAAUUACUGGCCAAUUGCUGCCAUUAAUUUUACUGUAAUUCAGAAUACAGUACCAUAUUGCAUUUUGAACAUGAGUGGGAGUAUGGUAUUGUUGUUUCUGACUCAUUAACAUAUUUUGAGGUUUGUCUUGUAAGAGACUAUAUUUGUUGCACCCGUUAGUGAGAAUGCUGUACGAAUUUAACUGAUAUGUGGUAGUAAUUCCGUAAGAACAUAUUUAUCUAGGGAACAGAUCAGAGUGGGAGCAAGUCUCAAACCUUUAAUGAUUGAGUGGCUAGCCAUGCCGUUUUGAUCUGUUUUGAUUGUAAUCACUAUCAGUUUAGUAGUGAUGGGAAACCGAGGCUUUCUGAAGGCUUCGGCGCUUUCACCAAAUUGUGCUGAAAAACGGUUAAUUAUCUGUUCACAAUGCACUUUAGUGACAUCUGCUGGUCAGCAAUAAAUAGCAGCGUGUGAUUAUCAGAUAGAGGUAUUUUUUCUCUGUUGUAUCCGUCAUAACAUUGUGGUGCAGCGGUAAGUUGUUUGCUUUAGUAGCCUAUAAUCAGUUGGAAUACCAGGUUUGUAUCUUACAUCAUGCUUCCCUUUUUUUGCCUUCAAGUUCUCUUUUUCAAAAAUGGAAUCUAUGGCAUUAUUUAGGAUGCUUAAGACAGAAGCUUAUACUAUACUAAAUAAAACAAAUUAUUUUAACAGCAAUGCAGAUAGAACAAUUUUCAAAAUAGUGUGCCUUCAACGGGAUUCAACCUCAUACCCUCACAUCCCUGAAUGUUCCCUACUCUACCUGCUAAACUACCAGUCAGGUGAAACCUUUUGUACACAAUCAUAACAAUAUGUAAGUACGACGAAAUCAGUGGGAUCUCGCAUUUUGCAACACACGGUUUGAAAAAGCACGUGAUCAAAUUAAGCUUCAGACGUCAUUGGUGACGUACUUCUGAUAAAGUGAUACACGCAUCGGCACACUGCUUCGAAGUUAGCUUCUUAGCGAUUUCAACUCAUGCCUCGGAGCUCCGGUAUCAAGAGUAACAUCACUACAGUUGACUCCAACCUCUCCACAAUGGCAAAGACCAGAGAAUAGAGCUUUUUGGUCUAAAUUCCACUCACCGUGUUUGGAGGAAGAAGAAGGAUGAGUACAACCCCAAGAACACCAUCCCAACCGUGAAGCAUGGAGGUGGAAACAUCAUUCUUUGGGGAUGCUUUUCUGCAAAGGGGACAGGACGACUGCACCGUAUUGAGGGGAGGAUGGAUGGGGCCAUGUAUCGUGAGAUCUUGGCCAACAACCUCCUACCCUCAGUAAGAGCAUUGAAGAUGGGUGGUGGCUGGGUCUUCCAGCAUGACAAUGACCCGAAACACACAGCCAGGGCAACUAAGGAGUGGCUCCAUAAGAAGCAUCUCAAGGUCCUGGAGUGGCCUAGCCAGUCUCCAGACCUGAACCCAAUAGAAAAUCUUUGGAGGGAUCUGAAAGUCCGUAUUGCCCAGCGACAGCCCCAAAACCUGAAGGAUCUGGAGAAGGUCUGUAUGGAGGAGUGGGCCAAAAUCCCUGCUGCAGUGUGUGCAAACCUGGUCAAGACCUACAGGAAACGUAUGAUCUCUGUAAUUGCAAACAAAGGUUUCUGUAUCAAAUAUUAAGUUCUGCUUUUCUGAUGUAUCAAAUACUUAUGUCAUGCAAUAAAAUGCAAAAUAAUUACUAAAAAAUCAUGUGAUCAUGUGAUUUUCUGGAUUUUUGUUUUAGAUUCCGUCUCUCACAGUUGAAGUGUACCUAUGAUAAAAAUUACAGACCUACAUGCUUUGUAAGUAGGAAAACCUGCAAAAUUGGCAGUGUAUCAAAUACUUGUUCUCCCCACUGUACAUAUGAGAUGAGUAGUGCAAGAUAUGUAAACAUGAUUAAAGUGACUAGUGUUCCAAGUGUCCAGUGAUUUCAAUAGGCAGCAGCAGCCUCUAAUGUGCUAGUGAUGGCUAUUUAACAGUCUGAUGGCCUUGAGAUAACAGCUGUUUUUCAUUCUCUCGGUCCCAGCUUUGAUGCAACUGUACUGACCUCGUCUUCUGGAUGAUAGCGGGGUGAACAGGCAGUGGCUCAGGUGGUUGAUGUCCUUAAUGAUCUUUUUGGACUUCCUGUGACAUCAGGUGCUGUAGGUGUCUUGGAGGGCGGGUAGUUUGCCCCCGGUAAUGUGUUUGGCAGACCGCACCACCUUCUGGAGAGCCCUGCAGUUGCGGGCGGUGCAGUUGCCGUACCAGGCAGUGAUACAGCCCGACAGGAUGCUCUCAAUUGUGCAUCUGUAAAAGUUUGUGAGGGUUUUAGGUGCCAAGCCAAAUUUCUUCAGCCUCCUGAGGCUGAAGAGGCUCUGUUGCGCCUUCUUCACCAUACUGUCUGCGUGGGUGGACCAUUUCAGUUUGUCAGUGAUGUGUUCGCCAAGGAACUUGAAGCUUUCCACCUUCUCCACUGCGGUCCCGUCAAUGUGGAUAGCGGGGUGCACCCUCUGCUGUUUCCUGAAGUCCACGAUCAUCUCCUUUGUUUUGUUGACGUUGAGUGAGAGGUUAUUUUCCUGGCACCACACUCCCAGAGUCCUCACCUCCUCCCUGUAGGCGGUCUCGUCAUUGUUGGUAAUCAAGCCUACUACUGUUGUGUCGUCUGCAAACUUGAUGAUUGAGUUGAAGGCGUGCUUGGCCACGCAGUCAUAGUCAUGGGUUAACAGGGAGUACAGGUGGGGGCUGAGCAUGCACCCUUGUGGGGCCCCAGUGUUGAGGAUCAGUAAAGUGGAGAUAUUGUUUCCUACGUUCUAUGAUAAAUACAACAAACAAUGUCUUUCAGCCACUCGGCCAGACAGACUGUCAGCCGUAUUGUAUGUGCAGAUGUGUGCGUGACUGUGUGUGUGUGUGUGUGUGUGUGUAAGCAAUUUUUUUACAGUUUGUACUGUAUCAGUGCAUGUGUGGGUGGUGUGUUUGGGCAUGUUAGCAGGGAAAUAGCUUAUUAUAAUCCUGCACUAUUAUCACCCUCCUUAGAGAAGCUAGAGAAAUUUUAGAGAAAUAAAAAAUGUAUUUGUUAUAUAAACAGAAUAGUACACCGUGCUACCUGUGUAGCUAACUGAAGCAGUAAUAUAGAAGUAUGUUAAGAAUUACAAAAGACACAAUAUAAGUAGUGAAUGCCACAAAUGGCAGGGUCCAUAGGGCUCUAGUCAAAACUAGUGCACUAUAUAUGGAAUAAUAUUGGGCCAUUUGGGCCACAGUCAGUUACUGUAUGAAGUGUAUUGACAGGAUUUGAUAUCAGCUGAAAUACAGGAGCUAUUCUUGAAGCAUCACCAUGCUGCUGGUUUAGGAUGCAGCUUGUGGAAAACACACACACACACACACACACACACACACACACACACACACACACACACACACACACACACACACACACACACACACACACACACAGCUAGUGGAAAACAAGCUGAGGGCUCUUCAAAUGUCAAAGUCAAUUUUCCUCGCCUAUGUAAAUUCAGCCUCUUGUGCCAAACGUUAGCAUGGUAUCUCUGCCUCACAGAGGUACACAUGGUGGCGGCCCUCUGGGCUUUUGUCUUUUUAUCUGACUGUUUUGUGGGUUCCUGUUUUGUUUCUGGGAGGAAUGGAAAUGCGGCAGUGUCGGCAAGAGAGCGUGAUUGCAGUGACAUCCACGGUAACUGAUAUUCACAUCCGCGGGGCGCAUUAGCAAUAAUGUGUGUGAUUUGUCAGAGCAACGCAGCAAAGGCUUUACCUAAUAGGCUGUUAAAUAAGAUGUGCGCUCAACCUCUCUCACCAAUGUCAUUCUUAUCGGCAGUCAGACUGGGGUCCACGUGCCUUCCCAGCCAGUCAGUCAGGAGGAAACAACCAGAAUGUGCAGCCUUUUUUCAGUGUGUGUGUGUGUGUGUGUGUGUGUGUGUGUGUGUGUGUGUGUGUGUGUGUGUGUGUGUGUGUGUGUGUGGGAGAAAAGGGGGUUGCGGAGAGAGUAUGUAUUUGUUUUUCAGUAUGAUGUGAGAUCAGUGAUCAGAACAGAAUGGUCAAUAAUGAAUAACAAUGUAGUGUUUAUCAUUAUUUAGUUGGACCAGAGCCUUUUUCCAAUGCCAGGGAUCGAUACAGUUCUCAGAUGAAUCAUCAACCUGCAUGGCCGUGGCUAACCCAUGCCCGGCCUGCCGUAUGUUCCGCUCUCCCUCACUGUGUCAGAUACUGUAGUAUGAACUACUUCUAUAUACUGUAUGUAUUUGUGGAGUACUCUAUACUACAUUGUUCCACCAAGAAACAUUGUUUCAACUUCUUUCAAUGGUCUCUGGACAGCCUCCUCAUUUUCUUCUUCCUUAUUUGAAAACAAUAGUAAUAUCUGAUUUGUACUAGCUUGUUAUAGUGUAGAUAUUUCCUAUUUCCUAGGUUUGGGGUACGGCCACAGUGUUCUAAUUCAUCCUGAGGGUUCUGCCCUCUCUGUGUGGAGGGGCUUGGAGGUCGUGACCUCAGGCUGGGUAGAUUCAGGAACGCUGACAAAGAGGUUGUUUCUGCUCUGUUCACCUCCGUGACUCCUUGAUUUCAUCAGCACAGCUCUCCUUGGCCAUUAGGUGGCCCAGAGAUGGUAGAGUCACGACCGAGAGGUGAUUUUAUGACUACAAACAGCCCGGGGGCAAGCCAGAGUGCUGUGGGAUCACAUAGGGCUGCUUUUAUUACAGAACAGACAUUGAAAAGGAUGGGGAAUGAGUUCUGGUGCCUCCAUCAUCCUUUAGAAUGACACAUACUGAACCUACUUUCCUCACAAAACACUGCAAGGCUAUUGAGUUUUAAAAAAUAUGACAGGAAAUAUUACAAUAUUUCUUCUUCCUCCUCUCUCUCUGUCUCUCUCUCCUUCCCCCUAACCCCCUUUCUCCAUCCCUCCCCCUCUCUCUCUUUCCCUCCCUCCCUCCAUCUCUCUUUCCCUCCCUCCCUCCAUCUCUCUACCCCCCUCCUUCCCCCUCUCUAUCUCCCCUUCUCUCUCUCCCUUGCCCUCUCUCCCUCCAUCCCUCCUCCCAUCAGUCUGUAGACCCUGGCCAGCAGUUCACGUGGGAACAUUCUAACCUGGAAGUAAACAAGCCAAAGAACCGCUAUGCAAAUGUCAUCGCCUACGACCACUCCAGGGUUAUCCUCACCUCCGUCGACGGUAUGUUUGGUGGAUUUGUUGUUGUUGUGAGGCAUUUUCAAGGUUUAUUUCACUUUUUAAGGCUGGAUGUGGGGAGGUAAUGUGUUAUUAAAUAAUUGAGCAUAUCUCAAUAAAGAGUUUUUGGGUUGUUGUUUUGGUGUUUUGAGGUGAGGUGUUUUGAGGUGAUGUUUUACUUUUUAGGGAGGGGUGGUGGGAUGUAUUGUGAUGUUAUUAACUAAGUGAGGCUGUCUCAAUAAAGAACAUCCAAAGCCAAGUCUGUAGACAGCAAAGACAUAAGUCACAACAACAACAAUAUAUCUCUCAACCCAAUCCCCAGGUGUGACAAUGCUUCUCCCUCACUUACUGUCCGUCUGUCUCAGUUUGGAGUCAGUCAGUGAUAUACAUGUAAUUGCAUCCUGCUGGUUGUGAAUGCGUCUCUCUUCUCUCUAAUAUGUGGUGAUGUGUGGGACUGUUUCAUGCUGGGGAGGGGGUGUUGAUACCGUGUUGAAACCCUGCUAGGUGGCAUCCCAAAUGGCAUCCUAUCCCCUGUAUAUAGCACACUAUUGUACUAUAUAGUACACUACCCUAUGGGCCCUGGUCAAAAGUAGUGCACUAUAAAGGGAGCCAUUUGGGACACAGCUCUAUUGUUUCCUAACACUGCCUUCCUUCACCGUGCUACAGGAGUGCCAGGUAGCGACUACAUCAAUGCUAACUACAUAGACGGCUACAGGAAGCAGAACGACUACAUCGCUACACAGGGCCCGCUUCCUGAAACCUUGAGUGACUUCUGGAGGAUGGUAUGGGAGCAGAGGACUAACACUAUCGUCAUGAUGACCAGACUGGAGGAGAAGUCACGGGUGAGUGACCACACACACACACACACAUACACACACACACACACACACACACACACACACACACACACACACACCCCCCCCCCACUCUCUCCCCCCCACACACGUCCUGACCAUUGAUUCACCCUCUGCAGUCAUUGACCCUGCACUCACAGACUAUAACAGUCCCAGUAGUCUCACCCUGGCUCUCUAAUGGACAGAAGGUGUGAGUGUCGACUGUUAGGUGGCAAAACCCUAAUCGAGGUAUUUCAAUUGACUCGGUAAAUAACACUGUGACUGCAUGAUGGCAGCAAGAGAGAAGGAAGUGUGUAAGUGAGAAGGGUGUCACACACACUAUCACUAGCACCAUUAAUAACUGUGUUCCCUAAAGGUCAACCUAUAGUGCCACAGCUUCCAACCAAACUUAAUAUCACACCUGUCUCUCUGACCCCAUGAGGGGUCAACUCAUCAUUAAAUUACCUUUCACCUUUGAAUCUUUGCCCCUGUGUGUCAUCAUCUCCACAGCAAGGUGUCUGCUGGUAAUAUCCCAACCCCACCUCUGUGUCCUCUGAUAAACUCUAUUUUCGCUGGUUUUGUCUAGAAGGGAUACAGCUUUUGUCAAAAUUGACUUUUUGUAGCAGGUUUAGGAGAACUUAAGCAGCAGGUUAGGAGAAUUAACAUAGCAUGUUAGUAGAAUUAGGAAAAGGGUUAUGCUUAGCUAAAAUGAAAAAUAAUUCAACUUUUGACGUCAAUUUAACAAAAGCUGUAUUAAAUCUAGACAUGACAAUUUUCACCCCUUACUAUCAGUCUCACUAGAGAGGAGAGGACCUGAAAGAGAACAGACCACAGGACUGUUCGUAGCGACUGACAUGGGGACGGCCGGGACGCAGUGACACCCCCUCCCCUGUGAACAACCAGAGCACAGUACUAGCCUUCAGUAAUGUUAGGGACAGCAGUCAUUUCCAUGCCGGCUAGGGUCCCUGGUCCUAGAUUCCCCUAGAGAUGGGCCCCUGAUCCCCAGCUGGCCAUCCCUCUCUGCUUUUCGCUCUCUCCCCUCUUUCUCUCUCCUUCUCUCCCUCUAUCCCCCUCUAUCCCUCCAUGACAUGGAUGACACAGUGGAGCAGAAGCAGCUCAAGCUGUUAUCUUUAGAUCAGCCCCAGUCCCUUACUGUCCCAUUCCCUGAACACUUGCCCCUUCUCUCACCCCCAGUCCUUGCCCCUAUUCCCUUACUGUAACUGCAGUAACACUAUUCUACACUAAGGCUGAACUUCAUUGUUCUUUGCCUGUGUGUGUACAGGUGAAGUGUGACCAGUACUGGCCCAGUCGGGGUACAGAGACUUAUGGGAUGAUCCAGGUGACCAUGUUGGACACUGUGGAGCUGGCUACCUAUAGCGUACGCACCUUCACCCUCUAUAAGGUAAGAGCCAUACCUGUAGAGGUAUAGUAUGUAUUGUAGCCCAAGAGUGACCAGCUCUUGACCAGCUGGUGGGCAGUGAUCCCAGAAUGUAUUCUCAAGCAUUUAUCAAAUCUCUUGCUAACUAACUCGGUGUUGUAAAUAUAAAUAUUUGUUAUAGAGACUACCCAGAAUGUGGCCACCAGUGUGUGUUUGUGGUGUUCUGAUAUGUUGCUCUACCAGAAUGGCUCCAGUGAGAAGAGAGAGAUUUGUCAGUUCCAGUUCAUGGCCUGGCCGGACCAUGGAGUGCCUGAGUACCCUACCCCCACCCUGGCCUUCCUACGCAGGGUCAAGGCCUGCAACCCGACAGACGCAGGGCCCAUGGUGGUCCACUGCAGGUAACCCCCAUCUCAGGCACAUCUCCUUCAUUGCGAACAUCUGGAAUGAAGUCAAAAAAACUGCCCAGAAAAGGGUUCACUGAAGUUGCACUGUUGAGGCUCUUUCCACUGGUGGAAAUAAGCGUAAGCCAGAAACAUCUCACAAAUGUGUCAGAAGAGAUAUGUGACUUUUUCCACACAAAACCCACACACAUUCACAAACUCUACACACACACACACAUAACAUACACACGCAUACCGAGACAACACAAACACAAACACACAUACAUACACACGGACACUUUUACACUCAUCAUUUGCUGCUGCUAUUCUGUUCUUUAUUUUACUCAUAUUAUGAUCUAUCCUGAUGCCUAAUCACUUUACCCUUCCUUCAUGUACAUAUCUACCUUAAAUACCUUGUACCUCUGCACAUUGCUCUGGUACUGGUACUCCCUGUAUACUGUAUAGCUCCGUUCUUGUGUAUUUAUUUCAUUCCUCGUGUUACUAUUUUAUUUGUAUUAUUAUUUUCAUUAUUUUAAAACUCUGCAUCGUUGGGAAGGGCUCGUAAGCAAGCAUUUCACGGUAAAGUCUACACCAGUUGUAUUCGGCGCAUGUGGAAAAAAAAUUUUUUCUUUGAUUUGUUCCUGUCUGUACAUGGCUCUACAGUUACGGUUUCCUGUUUGUCCUCACAGUGCUGGUGUAGGGCGGACCGGUUGCUUCAUCGUGAUCGAGGCCAUGCUGGAGCGUAUGAAGCAUGAGAAGUCUGUGGAUAUCUACGGUCAUGUGACGUGUAUGAGAGCUCAGCGGAACUACAUGGUGCAGACGGAGGACCAGUAUGUCUUCAUCCACGAGGCCCUGCUAGAGGCUGCCACCUGCGGUAACACAGAGGUCCCUGCACGCAACCUGUACGCACACAUCCAGAAACUCACCCAGGUCACACCCGGAGACACCGUUACCGCCAUGGAGCUAGAGUUCAAGGUAGAGUAACAAAACAUGGAGCUUGAGAAUAUGGUAACAGCCCUGCUUUGUAGCCUGGUCCCAGAUGGAAACAAUGACCAUAGCAGUUGGAAGGACAACACAAACAGUGUGGUAACAGCCCGUCUCCUUGUACAUUACAGUUCAGUUCUAUGUUAUGAACUUAACUUGAAAGAUUGUUGAAGCGCAGCCUUGAAGUCAGACUCGAAUGCUAGGGACUUGACUUGUUAUGCUUGAAUUUAAGUGAAAUGACUACAAAAUUGGCACAGUUACUAACUGGGGCAUUUAGUUAACAAACAAUAGUAGUAGAGUUGUUGUUGUCGUUGUCGUCUCAGUGUGUACGAUGCAGUGGGAGCAGGAAGUGAAUGUCUUAGUGUGUUUGGAACGAGGAGGAGGAGGAGGAGGAGGAGGAAUUUUCCUCACCCUCACACUAACUCUGAGAUUAAUAGAAUCUCUUAGGAGGGGUGUUCUGUUUCAGAGGCUUAUCUUCUGGACUGGGGAUGAGAGACUGAGAGUGAAGAAGGGAGGAAGAGAAGAGAGGGGCUCGGGGGAUGGAGAGACAGAGCGAGAGAGAGAGAAAGAGAGUGAUCUAGUGAGGGAGGAGUGUUGGGGCAGGCUGACUGUCUGACAGCCUGUCGAUAAAGCCUCAGUGGGUUGGAGAGCUGAUGCAUCCUGGGAUUGGGCCUAUACCACUGGGCUCCAGCGACUCUAUUGGUCCCCCUCAGAUACUCACUGUCUGCAUUCCAAAUGGUACCCUAUUCCCUAUAUACUGCACUACUUUUGACUUGGGCCAAUAGGGCUCUGAGUAGUGUGCUAUGUAGAGAUUAGGGUGCCAUUUGGGAUGCAACAACUCACUGCCUCCCGCUGUAGGAAAACAAAACUGCUCUAACCAGCCUCCUCCUCGGGGACUCACUGCCACAACCCAAAUUAUGUGGAUCAAACUUGUUCAGCAAGCAGGAUGAUUGUAAAUCCGCAGCGAGUAUAAUUAGGUUUUGAUGCUUGGCUCCAAUUGCAAAUUCGUUUCGCAAGCAAGUUCUGAAAUGUACACUUCGUUUUUUUGCUACGAUGAAGAAUGAUAUUAGGAGGACCCUGUCAGCAAAGGCAGCAAAAAUUUAAAAAACUCUCUCCCCCUCUCAUCUGGGAGAAAAUGCUUUUACAUUUAGUAAGUUUUGUUUUGUUAUUCCAUCGCUUUGGCAUGGAUAUACUGUAGGCCUGUGGAUCUUUCUUAACAGCCGUCUAAAAUGUUGUGUGAGCAUUUGUUUUAGACUCCCUGACGUCUCCGUACGUGGCUGUGUCGUCGACACUUAGGAUGAGUUUAAAGGAGAGAGAGAUAGGCGUUGUCAGUGUCAGCAUGCUGUUAUUUCAAGAUUGAGAACAAAGGGGCUUGACUCAAAGCUCAUCAUUUUCAUGCAUCAAUAAUAGUGUUAGCCCCUGUGCCCUCCAACAUCACUGCUCAUACACAGCAGCGCUAGGUUGGUUGGGAUCCCCGGGUUUAGAACUUUGAAAAGACUGGAGUUGGAUAGACGGGAAGGAAGGUGGGCGUCAGGGAAAAGCUGUGGCAACAGUUGUCGUCGGGUCAGGGGCAAUUUGACUGCACCCCAUGGGUGCACUCCAUUCUAGUAAUUAUAUUUCCAAGGUUAGGGUUGGUGUUUCUCUACAGUAGCACACCGUUCUUUAAUCUGAGCCAUGUUUUUAAUCCAUGCAUCCAUCCGUGCAUCCCUCAACAGUAUACCAAAACAAGUAGCGGGGCUGCCAUUUUGUAAAAAAAACAUCCAAGAUUGUAUCUUAAAUCUGUCCAUUCCUCUUCCCUUCCUUCUCCAGAAACUGUCCAACUCUAAAGCACAUACCUCAAGAUUCAUCAGUGCCAGCCUCCCCUGCAACAAGUUGAAGAACCGGCUGGUGAAUAUCAUGCCUUUUGAGUCCACCCGCGUGUGUCUGCAGCCUAUCAGAGGUGUGGAAGGCUCCGACUACAUUAACGCCAGCUUCAUCGACGGAUACAGGUGAGAGAGAGGGAGAUGAGGAGAGGAGAGAAGGAGGGACGAGAACAGAGGAGAGGAGGAGGGAGGGAGAGGAUAGGGGAGAGCAGAGGAGAGGGGAGAGCAGAGAAAGAGAGGAGAUUCAGACUGUGAGAAAACGAGAAAUGAAAUAUUCUGAAGACUAGAAUAAGUGAGAUGGGGGGAUGGUGAGAAUAGAGGAGAUGAAAUAGAAAUAGAGAAGAGAGAAUCCAUGCUGCUGACACAGCUCAUCUAAUGAGCAAGGAUGUGAACCUUUCCUGCAGCGGCUGACAGCAGUGGAUUAUGGUGUGACAUGGAGGCCAGUGUUUUUCUGUCUCUCUUCCCCUAGUCGUGUCAGUUGUCAGGGCAAAUUGGUCAUAGUGGCAGUACUGUCCAUUCCUUGCCACAUUUCACCUGUGGUAAAUAAAUAGGCUGUUUGUGGCAGGUGACAAACCACUCCUGGAAGAGGAAAAAAGUGAUUACUUAUUGUGAUGACUGUUCUUGUCUGCUGAUUCCCACAUUCCUUUACUGUACGGGAAACACUUUUUUCACGCCACCGAUACCAAAUUGACUUUUUCGUACUAGGUUAGGAGAACUUACGCAGCAGGUUAGCAGAAUGAACGUAGCAGUUUAGGAGACUGAGGUUAAGGUUAGGAAAAGGGUUAGGGUUAACGAAAAUGCUCUCCUAACCUGCUAUGAAAACUUUGUAUCGAAGUAAUGUGAAAAGAGUGUACUCCUUUACUGUACAGCUGUGCAUCCAUUGGAAUCUGCCCAGCAACACUCAAUGGAAGAUACAGUAUACUGUUUAAAAAAAGGACGUUUUCAAUGUCUUUAAAGACAUUUGUUGAUAUUUGGAAAAAGAACAGUGAAAAGAAGCACCUGUUGUUCUUACUGAGAUGGAUGGAAAGCUAGGUUUUGAGAAUUAUGUAAGAUACAGCUGGGUGUGUACGUGCAUGCAAGUGAGCAUUAAUGUGUGUGUGUUCAGAGAUGGGCAGUAUUUCUCUCCCGAGUGGCGCAGUGGUCUAAGGCACUGCAUCGCAGUACUAGUUGUGCCACUAGAGAUCCUGGUUCGAAUCCAGGCUCUGUCGUAGCCGGCCGCGACCGGGAGACCCAUGGGGCGGCGCACAAUUGGCCCAGCGUCGUCCAGGGUAGGGGAGGGAAUGGCCGGCAGGGAUAUAGCUCAGUUGAUAGAGCAUGGCGUUUGCAACGCCAGGGUUGUGGGUUCGUUUCCAACGGAGGGAACAAAAAAUAAAUAAAUAAAAUAAUAAUGUAUGCACUCACUAACUUUAAGUCACUCUGGAUAAGAGCGUCUGCUAAAUUACUAAAAUGUAAAUGUAAAUACGUAUUUUGUAUUUACUAUUCUAUUUGCCUGAACUACAUUCCAAUGUUUUUUGUAACGAGAUACUUUCGAGAGCUGUAAUUCGUAUUUUCAAAAUACAAAAUACUUUUCUAUACCAUUUUAUGUAGCGGUUCACGACUUUGUGGCCCCCUUCCAGCCUGCAUUGGUAUCAGAAGUCUGAUGGCACUAUGGUGUGAUAAGAGUCUGUUAAAUGACCAAAUUGUAAAUGUAUAUAUUAAAAUGAAAACUUGUAAAGCAUGCUGAGUAUUAUUCGAAUGAGUCCAAUAAAAAACCCAGUGUGCUUUGCAGUUGUUCAUUUCACAUUUACAUUUACAGUUUGGUCAUUUAUUUUGAUAUGUUGGUCUUUAGGGUAUUUUGUAAUGGUAUUUUGUAAUUUUUCUUUGUGAUUUUGGAAGUGUAAACACUGUAAUUGGUAGUAAUCCACAUGCUAAAGACUGAAUGGCUGAAUGAAUAGGAGCUUUUCUCCUUUUUGCGGGAUUCGUUGAGGGUUUUCUGUUUGGAUUUCCUCAUCCUCACCGCUCAUCACUUAUCACAUUCACACACACACACACAUUAGCAAGCACACACAAAUACACACACACACACACACAAACCUCCUCUGUGCCUAAUGAAGUCCCUGUGGCUGCUCCACCUGAGGGAGAGAAUGAAAAGAAGGGAGGAGGAGGGAGAGAAGGUGGAUGUAAUUCCUCUUUAAUUCCUGUUGUGGUAAUUACGAGUGAAUUAAGACAUAGAGAGGUGUUAGGCUGCAUCCCAAAUGGAACCCUAUUCCCUAUAUAGUGCACUUUUGAUCAAAAGUAGAUAACUAUAUGGGGAAUAGGGUGCCAUUUGGGACGCAUUCGAGGUGUUAGUGUUCUCUUUCCCGGCAGGCAGGCAUCACAUCUUUAAAGUGCCAGAGGGGAUUAGAAUGUCUUGUGAAGAAGGAGAGGAAAAUGAUGAUGACACAAUGCUGAUGAUGUCAUUCUUGUUAAGUUUCUGAUAUCCUGAGGUGGUAAUUGAAACUAUCUAUUCUAUUGUCAGAUCCACCCACUGACAUAAUGAUGUAAGUCACUGAAGUUGUGCACACCAGCCAUUACAUACAUAUCAUGUAUAUUUCUGUUAACAUGGAAGGACUUUCUUGGUAGAGCAAUUAUCUCUAUGUAUGCCUGUUAAUUUAUUUAUUGCUAUUGUUAUAUCAGAACACUCAGAAUCCAAUAAUUCAGCUGAAGAAACGUAAUAUCCAUGUGUUAGUCAAACCUAUCAGACUUUAAAGACCCUUUGAACAUUGUGCUGAGGCUGGUCUUAGUUAUGACAGAGAGAGAGAGAGAGAGAGAGAGAGAGAGAGAGAUAGAGAGAGAGAGAGAGGAGAGAGACGAGAGAUGAGACGACGAGAUAGAGAGAGGCACUCAGACGAUGCCCAUGCCAGAUCAGCUCUCAGAGCGACGCUCGGUCUAUCCCCUUUUGCUCCCUACUCUGCUCUUCCUCUGUCCAUCUCUCAUCGCCCUCGCUCGCCUCUCGCUCGUCUCCUCGGUCACAUCGGCUCUCCUCCCCUGCUCCUCCUACCUCCUAACUCUCCCUUUCCUUACCUUUUUUUAUUACAUAUUUAUAAAAAUGUUAUUAUAAAGGGCCCCUUAUGUGGGUUUUUGUCCAAAAGGGGAAAUUAAGAAGGGAUUGAAAAUCGAAGCAAAAAGCGGAAAUCCGGACCUUCAAUUUUUUUUUCGGGAUCCGAGCCCCUUAAAAGUUAAUUUAACCACAAAAUUUAAUGAAAAAAUCAACCUUUCCCCGGAACCUCCCGCCAUUUCUGAGACUAGGCAAUACAAUGCCGAAAGGAAGGAUUUUAAUCCUUACUUCUCCUUUGAAAUAAUUCAUGGGAAACCCGGCUCCAAAGGCCUUAACCCAAACCAUAAGGCCUUUUCAAGAGAAAAAGAAAAACUUAAACCCCAAAGUUAACCCCGGUCCGGGGAAAAUGACCGGGAAUAAAAGGUUUUGGGGGAGAAAAAGACAAAAAGGGGACAGAGCGAGGAAAAUCCUUUUUUUCGAGUUGAAGACCCACCUUUUCCCCCCCCCAAAACCUUUGAAACCUUGCCAAUCAGUAAACUUAAGGAAACCCCGAAGCCCCUUUAUGGAAAAAGGGACUUUUUAAAGAAAAGGGAGACCAAAAAAGAAUUUAAUUGAAAAAAGAUAACCCGCGGCGAGUUGGUUUCUGUCAGUUCCCGAGGAAAAUUCGGGGGGGAGGGGAAAAAGGGAUUUUGAACGGCUAUUGCAUCUGCCCUUUGGAAGGGUCCCUCCCCAUUUCUCCCAAAUGGAGGGGGCCCCGGCCCCUCCCCCCGUUUGGGAUCCGGGGAUUGAGGGGAGUUUUCGAAGAAAAGAUGGGGAAAGGGGCCCAGGGAGAAAAGGGGGAAAUUUGGGGAGAGAGAGGGGUUGGGCCAAAAGGCCUUUCUCCCUCCCCCCACUCCCUCUCUGUUCCUUGUGACCUGGACGCCCGCAAGGGCCUGCAUUCGCUAUUCUUAAGGAAAUAGAAAAUUAUUUGAGGCAAAACAUAAAAAAACCCAACACAGCCCCCAUUUAGCCAAGGGCUCUCAGAACAGUAGGACCACACAGGGCUCAACAUGGAUACUCUAGGUCUAUGGGGAUGUAUUGAAGUGUACCUUAUAUCCUUGGUUGUUAUGAUGUUAUCCUCAUUCCCUGUGUCAUGGCCUUUCCUGUAUCCUGACGUACCCCAUGUCUCGUGUCUCUCAGGCUGCAGAAGGCCUACAUAGCCACCCAGGGCCCACUAGCAGAGACCACAGAGGACUUCUGGAGGAUGCUGUGGGAACACAACUCUACCAUCGUAGUCAUGCUCACCAAACUCAGAGAGAUGGGACGGGUGAGUGGAAUAGAUACUGUACAUACACUGUUAAUACACAUACGCAUGCACGAACACACACACACACACACACUAAUGGAUGGUAUUGUUGAUAUGACAGUUCUGCUUUUGACUGUCAUUGUUGUCUGUUUCUUAGGAAAAGUGCCAUCAGUACUGGCCAGCUGAGCGCUCUGCCAGGUACCAGUACUUUGUAGUGGACCCCAUGGCUGAGUACAACAUGCCCCAGUACAUCCUCCGAGAGUUCAAGGUCACAGACGCCAGGGUAUGUCCAUAUCUCCAUCCAUCCUCCAUCUUCUCCUUAGUGUCAUAUAUCUCUCUGCUCUAUGCAUAGGGCUAAUUAUUGUACAUAGCGGUACACUAAGUAUAUUUUCAGAGUGAAUUGUUUGAACACAUAUAAUUAUCUCUGCACUGUGGUUAUGUUCUGAUGUUUUGCAUAUAGAAAUACAUUCUGCACUUUACAGCACAGACAUUAGUCGCUGUAGCGCACACUGUAAAACAAAAACUGGUAGCAUUCCUCCAAUUCUGUGGGUAUAAUGCUUAUGUAGUGUUAUAAGCAUGUAUGAGACUUUAAAAUACUGACUUUAUGUCUAUCAUCCAUUCCUCACCACCUCUAAGGAUGGCCAGUCUAGGACCAUUCGGCAGUUCCAGUUCACUGAUUGGCCAGAACAAGGGGUGCCAAAAACUGGAGAGGGCUUUAUCGACUUCAUUGGCCAAGUGCAUAAAACCAAGGAACAGUUUGGACAGGAUGGACCAAUCUCUGUGCACUGCAGGUAAGGGAAACCAAUGACAAUUACCAUUGUGUGUGUGCUAGGGUGCCUGACUGCCUGCGUACGUGUGUGUGUGAAUGCGUGUGUAUCUACAGUGUAUAACCCUGUCUUUGCUCCCCCACAGUGCUGGUGUUGGGCGGACUGGUGUGUUCAUCACCCUGAGUAUCGUGCUGGAGAGGAUGAGGUACGAGGGGGUGGUGGACCUCUUCCAUACCGCCAAGACACUGAGGACCCAGAGACCUGCCAUGGUGCAGACAGAGGUACAAUGCAGUCACAACGAUACAGUAUAUUGGGAUAGACUGGUUAGAGAGGGGAUAUGACUAUACAGAAGCUCCUGGAUAGAGGCAGGUGACCAAGCAAACAUAAGGAUUCAGUUGAAACAAUCGUUUUUUUUUUUUUUUUACAAAUCAGAUUUAUAUUGUGUGAUGUCCUGUGGUGAUACUGUGCCAUAAUGUUAGAGGAAGGUAGGCAGAUAUCGGGACGAAACUGGAAUGUGGGGUUAGAUUACUAAAGUGUAGUUAUUUCAACAUAUUGAUACAAACACUCUCCCAGGCAAAUGCAGAACUAUUAAAUCAAAUCAAAUGUUAUUUGUCACAUGCGCCGAAUACAUGUAUUGACCUUACCGUGAAAUGCUUACUUACGAGCCCUUAACCAACAAUGUAGUUCAAGAAAUAGAGUUUAAAAUAUUUACUAAAUUAAAUAAAGUAACAAAUUAAAUAAAAAGUAACACAAUAAAAUAACAAUAACGAGGCUAUAUACAGGGGGUACCGGUACCGAGUCAAUGUGUGGGGGUACAGGUUAGUUGAGGUAAUUUGUAAAUGUAGGUAGGGGUAAAGUGGCUCUAUUUGUGAUUGUAGAUCACUCUCUUGACCGACACUGCUCUGCCCCUCUCUGUUUCCCUCCCAGGAACAGUACCAGUUGUGCUACAGGGCAGCUCUGGAGUACCUUGGCAGCUUUGACCACUAUGCAACAUAACCACUCCCAGAAUGCACUGGGACUCCUGGGGUUCAGGAGCGCCGCCAGUGUGUCCCUUCUGAGCCAUAUACACCCUGCUGACAAAGUCCAGAAACUGCCGGAGGGGCGAGGGGAGAAGGGAGAGGAAGAGCGGAGAGGGUUGAGGAGGAGGAGGAGGAGGAUGAGGGGGGAGAGCACAAGUCUGACUGGACGACUUUCAAUCAGGUGGAGCAGUACCCCUGGACUGACUGGCAUAAUAAACCUGCUU